CAGGGCUGGGGGCGGAUUUUUUGAGAAGAGCCUCAGCUCUUCAGAGCAGCGGCAGCCGCUGGAGGAGUUGGGCGGCUGUUGCUCCCUCUCCGCCCGGAGGAGGAGGAAGAGGAGGAAGAAGAGGCUUCAGCUGCCGCCUCUCGGAUCCCCCCUCCCCCCCUUCCCCUUCCGCCCCACACCUUUAUGGACGAGCGCCGGAGCUUGCUGUACUCUCCGGCCGCCUCCUCCGCCGGCCGGCAGCCGCGGGGCGGCUCGAGCAGCAGCCACCACAACCUGGGCUACAGCGAGCCCCCCGCCGCCCCCCAGCCGGGCCCCGAGCAGCAGGAGGAAGAGGGCGAAGAAGGGGAGGAAGGCAGCAUGACCGUGGUGGGAGGCGGCGGCGGCGGCGGCGACCCCUUGCUGGAGGAGCCGCAGCAUCCUCCUGCGCUGCUCGGGGGGGAUCGCUACGAUCAGCCCCCGGCGCCGGCCGUGCCCGCCGGGCAGCCCGCGGGCGCUGCGGAGCACGAGUGCUGCGAGCGCGUGGUGAUCAACAUCUCGGGGCUGCGCUUCGAGACCCAGCUCAAGACCCUGGCACAGUUCCCCGAGACGCUGCUGGGGGACCCCCGGAAGAGGAUGCGCUACUUCGACCCCCUCCGCAAUGAGUAUUUUUUCGACCGUAACCGUCCCAGCUUCGACGCCAUCCUCUACUACUACCAGUCGGGCGGGCGCAUCCGGCGGCCCGUCAAUGUCCCCAUCGACAUCUUCUCCGAGGAGAUCCGCUUCUACCAGCUGGGGGAGGAGGCCAUGGAGAAAUUUCGGGAGGACGAGGGUUUCAUUCGGGAGGAGCAGCGGCCGCUUCCCGAGAAGGAGUUUCAGCGCCAGGUGUGGCUCCUCUUCGAGUACCCCGAGAGCUCUGGGCCGGCCCGAGGCAUUGCCAUUGUCUCUGUCCUGGUCAUCCUUAUCUCUAUUGUCAUCUUCUGUCUGGAGACCCUGCCUGAAUUCAGGGAUGACCAUGACUAUGAGGGAACUGGGGGGACCUUCGGGACAGGCAGCGGCCCUCUCCCACCUGAUGUCUUCACCAACUCCACAUCCUCACCUGCUUCCAUGGUGUCGUCCUUCACCGACCCUUUCUUUGUGGUGGAGACUUUGUGCAUCAUCUGGUUCUCCUUUGAGCUGCUGGUCCGUUUCUUUGCCUGCCCCAGCAAGGCCACUUUCUCCAAGAACAUCAUGAACAUCAUUGACAUUGUGGCCAUCAUCCCCUACUUCAUCACGCUGGGCACGGAGCUGGCUGAGCGGCAAGGCAAUGGCCAGCAAGCCAUGUCCUUGGCCAUCCUCAGAGUCAUCCGCCUCGUCAGGGUCUUCCGCAUCUUCAAGCUCUCCCGGCACUCCAAGGGGCUGCAGAUCCUGGGGCAGACUCUCAAGGCCAGCAUGAGGGAGCUGGGCUUGCUCAUCUUCUUCCUCUUCAUCGGCGUCAUCCUCUUCUCCAGCGCCGUUUACUUCGCAGAAGCUGAUGACCCCAGCUCAGGGUUCAGUAGCAUCCCUGAUGCCUUCUGGUGGGCCGUGGUCACCAUGACCACUGUGGGCUACGGGGACAUGCACCCCAUCACCAUUGGGGGCAAGAUCGUGGGGUCUCUGUGCGCCAUCGCGGGGGUGCUGACCAUCGCCCUCCCCGUGCCCGUCAUCGUCUCCAAUUUCAACUAUUUCUACCACCGGGAGACAGAAGGUGAGGAACAAGCCCAGUACAUGCAUGUCGGGAGCUGCCAGCACCUCUCGUCCAGCGAGGAGAUGAAGAAGGCUCGCAGCAAUUCCACCCUCAGCAAGUCUGAGUACAUGGUGAUUGAGGAAGGGGGGAUCAAUCACAGUGCAUUCAAACAGGCUGCCUUUAAAGCAGGCAACUGCACAACCACAAACAAUCCCAACUGUGUGAACAUCAAAAAGAUCUUUACGGAUGUUUAAAACAAACCGAAACCAAACGAACAGCAACAAAAUCUGAGGAUGUGGUAAAACAAUACCAAUAAUAAUACCAAUAAUAAUGCAAAGUAACCGUGUGUCGGUGUUGUGUGGAACAUGCACCAUCGUCGGUCCUGUGUGUGCCCUCGUUUUUAUACCUUUAUUUUUUUAGAUCCUUCCUUUCUAAAGAUCCAAAAGUAAAAGGAUUUAAAAUUCUCUGAAGAAGAGGACAGCUAAAGGGUAAAGAGAAGGAAGAUGAAGAAAAACCACACUCACUGUCAAAAGAGGUGUUUGUUCUGCAACGUGUUGCAGAGCUGCUUUGCUUUUUGGGCUUUUGGGGAAUCUCUUCCUUUGCUCCUGAAUUUCUCCCUCUUUCCCUAAGGGCAGUGUGUAGCCAAUCUCCCUUCCAUCAUGUAAAGUAACUUGUUGGAUUAACAAACUCGGACUGGGUGGAGGAACGAGGGAAAAAUGAGGCAGAGUGUACUGGGAGGGGGCUGGGAGGAAAUAACCAUUUAAUUCUGCAGAGAGUCUCUGUUACCACAUUGUUAAAUGAUGCUUAAUAUUGAAACAUGUGAUGUGCCAUUACGGGCACAUCCCAGAUUCCCUUUUUCUCCCCAUUAGAUCAUUUAUGAAAUUCUAAUCUGGUCAGAGACUGAGUGCAAUCAAUGCUGAUUUAAAUAGAAAAAAAAUCCCUAAGCCUUCAUUUUCUAUUCUGGAUUCCCUUCCCCUGUAACCUGAUGGAGUUAUUUCCUCCAAUGUCAAGUCUGUGACCAUGCAGCAGGGAUGUGUGCAGGAGCAGGGAGAGGAGAGGCAGACUGGAAUGUUUUCGGGAGCCGCCGGCGCAGGGAGCGAUGUCGGCACGGAGCAGGAUCCAUGACGGGCUCCUUGCUAUGGCUGGGAGCCUCCAACCCACCCAGCCGGAGACAAAGGGAUAUUUCCUCCUCAUUUUGCAAUGCCUUUGGAGGAGAUGCAGCCGCUUAUCACCAGAAGAUUAAAGUGGCGAACACGCCUUCCAGCGGAAGUCACUAAUUCCGACCGGAGUGAUGCAGUUGCCAUGGUGACCAUGGUUUCCUGGGAAACCCCCAGAGGUUGUCAUGGCAUCCCUUCUCCCAUCCCCCUUGGUCCUUGCUCUUCCCGCAAAAAGCCUUUCCAGAUGGUUCCAGCUCCUCCAUCCCACAGGACAUCGUGGCUCUGCACCCCCUUCCUGGUUCUUGCUCCACUGCUCCUCCUGUGUGCCCAACAAAGCAUCCACAGGCAAUAAAAAAUCCACCUGUCCCUCACCUUGGCAGUGAAAUCUGGGGAUGGAGGUUCAUCCUGCUCCACCGAGAACGACCCCAAACCCAGUGGGAACUGGCACCAAGGAGCUGCCGGGAAGCUUGGCCGGAGAACCUCGGCAGCUUUGUGAAACAAGGGGGACAGUAAAAAACAGGAUUGAAAAAUAACCAAAAAUCUCGCUGGGAAAAAUCACAAAUCACCGGCUUCAUCUUCACGUGUAUGCCAGGGGCUAUGGGACAUCUGAUGGGAUCAGAUCACAGAAGAAGUUUUGAAAUGAAGACCUUCAGGACUGUGUUGAGAAAUAAAACAUCUCCAAGGAAAGGACAAACAUCCCAAACAUCCCCAACACUGCCAUGGACCCGACUGACAGAGGGCCUGUCCUCCCCAGCUAAACCCAGUCCAUAUUUCAUAUAUAUAUUUAUAUAUGGAAUAUUUCCCACUUCAUCUGGGUUUUCUAACAAGUGCAUUAUGUAGAAGGGAACAUCUUUGGAGCCAGAUUAUCUUCAACUCAUGUGCAAUAUAACAGGACUGAGCAAAGCCAGGAGAAAGGAGGAGGAGAGGUAGAAGUCACAUAGACAUUAUUUCAGUAUUUUUUAAUAUUAUUUUUUAAAAAAUCUCUUGAAAGAUGAAGCAACCAGAAAGGAAAUGUUAAGCAGAGCUGCUAAAACUCAGUCCAAGUGUUUUCUUGGGGAGGGAGGGAGUGGGGGGAAAUUUGGUUGCUGUCGCUGUUCCCCGGCAAAGGCCACGGGUUGUUCUCAGCUUUUGGGAAUCAUUCCUGUUUCAUUUUUCUCACUUUCCUGGAAAUGCCCUUUAUAAGUAGUUCUGUGCUGUACCAAAGGCUGUGAUUUACUUUGAGUCCUUAUUUAGAAAGAAACAUCUCUGCUGGUGCUGAGGAAAAGGGUGUUGAACAGUUGUGCCUUGCUAUCAAGAUCACUCCACAAAAAAAUGAAGGAAAAAUUGAAUUUCCAGGAUAGAAAAGGUCUAAAAACCCAAUUCUUGGCUGACCAUGCUCCUGCUUCCUUUCAUGAGAGCCUCUCUGCCCUUGUCUGCACUUCCACAGUACCCCAGCCUUGUGGGAAUUUUUUAGUGUUGCCUUUUUAAUUCUGUAAUAAUUGGGAAUUCCAUCUCUGCUUUGUCCGUUGCUGUUUCAUUUUGCAUAUUGAGGUUUUUGGUGGCAGGUUAAAAGCUGUGGGUUGCCCAUACUGGGCUGGGAAGCUCCUAAGGCUGGACUUUCCAUAACCUCACUGUGUUUCCUAGCACUGCACAGAUCAAUGUUAUCCUGGUGCCACGAGAGAAAUGGUCUGCAAAGGGAUAAAUGAUGUGCAAAGGGAUAAAUGAUGUGCAAAGGGAUAAAUGAUGUGCAAAGGGAUAAAUGAUGGGCAAAGUGAUAAAUGCAAAUGGCAGAGGGGUUGAUGGUCUUUCCUUCUUCUGGCUCUCCCUUUUCCCCAUCCCCAGCUUCAUCCACCUAUUCAUGCUGCCUCCAUCCCAGCUUGGGGACUGAAACCCUCCCAGCUCAGCCUCCAUCGGAGGAGCAGAGUGAAACUUGGAACAGCAUUAGAUUUAAGGGUGAAAAUAAUGUUGGAGGGACUCAGAUGAGCACAGGAACCUCUUUGCGUUGCAAUAAUUCCCUGGCAAUGGUUUGGGAAUGUUAAUUUAGACUGGAUAGAAUCAAGUGAGCUGGAGCUUCCUCUGAAGCAGAGGCUGCUCAAGGGGAGGUAGCAGGAACCAAAAUUAUUGUGUGUGAAACAGAUCCUUGAGCUGAUGCUGCUGAUUGUCUUUGGUGUCCCAGGACCAGCCUGUAGGUCCCCACCAGGUACCUGGAAGGUGGAACAAGGACCACUCUUCCAGAGGGAAACACCAAAACAUAGAUCCUUCCCCCAGUGGAGCUGUUUACCUGCAUUUCACACAGAAAUCCACAGGAGACACACGUGGGAUGCCUGGAGGCACAGCCCCAGGGAGGAUGCACUGAAACCAACCCCUGGAAUGAAGGCUGGAAACGGGAAAACUCGGGAACAGACAAGGCAAAGCAGCCAACUGUCUGCACCACAUUUCUGUCUUGUAGAAGAGCUUUGAAGAUGAACAAGAACCCUGCACAAAAACAUCAGUGGAAUUCGGGUUGAGAAAUUCCCUUAACACUGGGAAAUGACACGAUUCUUACAAGGAAUGCGUGGCUUUGGUGAGGUCGUGUUUAUUUUGUUUGCUUUUUAAACACGGGUAAUUUCUUGGCUGGAAUUCCUCCUCCUGCCACGGCAGGAGCACCUCUGGUGGUGGAGACUUUGUUCCUGGCAGAAGGGCUCGGGAGGCCCAAACACAGAAGUCUCCAGGGCUCUGCACAGGUGCAGGUUGGGCAGAAUGGGCUGAGAGGGCAAAAAGAAGCAAAAGUGUUAAACCCAGCAGUUUUUGUCCAUUUAAUCAAUUGGAGAACGAAGAGAAAUUAUGGAUCUGGCUCUCAGUAGGACAUUGCUCCUCUUGCAUUUAUUCCCAGCAUGGAAGAAACCCCGUGGCUGCUGAAGCUGUGGGUAAAUGGAGGAGAAAGGGCUGGUGCUGCUGGCACCUGGAUUUACCAGGGCUUUAACAGCAGAGGGAGAUUGGGAUCGGGGACCAGGAUUGCUGGAAGACCACAUGGAGCAGGUUCCUGAGCCCCGGAGAUGAGCAGGGGGUGCCAAGGCUCGGCAGGGAUGCCGGGGAAUCGCGGAGGUGAAACAACGCGCGGUGUGAAAUCAAUGCGGUGCGAAAGCCGCCUGCACAAAUUAGAGCUAAUUAGAGCAGUGGCUCUCAUUAACUUGGUUUGGCCAUGCCCUGCCUGGGGGACAGCUCGUGGUGGGGGCCGGGGAGAGGGAGUUUCUCCACGGGAUCUUCCAGCAAAUUGCUCCCACGGCAAAUCCCCGCGGGGAGCGCCGCGUUUGUGCCCCUCCGGGUGUCCCUCCCUGUCCCGCACAGAGGAGCUGUGUCCCCUGCUGCCUCACCCCAGACUGAAAUGAAUUAUUGCUCGGGCCAUAACAUCUCAGAGGCCUUAAACCACCCCUUUGAAAAGACCAGGAAAAGUGCCCGGUGUUUGGGGUGAGGGCUGGAAUUCCCAAGUGCUCUUCCCCACUGCCGCGGAGGGAGCUGCUGGCAGGCUGGGGGAGAUGGAGCUGGCCUUUUUUGGGGACAUCUCACCUCCCAAACCCCUAAGGAGCUGUGAAACACAUUUGUUUGCAGCCUCCCUGCACCGUGACAGGUUCUCAGUGUGCUCUUGAGCCUGUAAAGGAGAAUGAACAAAGCUUUAGCAGCUCAGAAAUGGUGAGAGACUGACCCCAAACCCAUUUUCCACCAUUUGGGCUGCAAACAGCCAAAGCCCCCAUGAAAUGAGAGAGACCCCAGGCUGCCCACAUGGGUAAGGGCACAUUAACAGGAGGAGAAUUGAUUUUCUGGAUUGCAGCACAGACCUGGAUCUUGGGAAGCCCUGGUCCCAAAGGUGUUAUAUUUAGUUUCUUUUGGAACAUGAUCUAGUAGCCCUUAAAAUGGGGGAUAGAAUGUAUCAGUACUAAAGUUAUUUUUAUUUUUCACCAGUGUUACACAGAGCUUUUUUAUGCGUGUGUGUGUGUGGGUGUGUGUGUGUGUCUGUAACAUGAUUAUACCUCAUCUGUUUUCAGUAGCCACUUGUUACAGCAUCUCUCUGUUAGGGCUCAAAACUGUACUUUGAUUAUUAAAGUGGUGGGAAAAACCAUCCCCACCCCCAACCAUCUCACCCUGGUGACAAUCUUGCCAAAUGCCACCUCUCCUCGGUGUUGUACGUUCUGGCGCUGACGAUGUCGCUCUGUGCUCUCGGGUUCCUCGUGCUUGGUCGCUGAGCCAGCUGGGUGUUAAUGUGCUUUUCCACAAUAAUUGAGAGUUUGAUAGUCUCUAAGUGUCAGCCCAGUGCAUUAAUCUGUGUUGCCACCACUCUGAGCCCAGCCUGGUGCGUGUUGCAGAUAACCAUCGUGCUGGGACAGCCAUGGCAGCGGGAGCGCAGGGCUGCGUUUGGCAAGGGAAGACAAAUUAAAAAUGUAUCCAGUCGAUUAAAAAAACAAAAAAAGGCAGCGAUUUAAUGAUGGCUGACAUCAAGAGAAGAUCCAAAAAAUAGCGUGCUUUGAUUCCCAUAAUCAUCCCAAGGCAGGCUGCUCAUCUUUAUUCAUAGCCCUUCAAAGCCGUGCUCCGAGACGCCAGAGCAGCUUGGAGCUGUCGUGCUCAGACGGGGCUCUUUAGACGCUGAACACGCACCAACCCUUCCCCUUUUAAUUUUUGGGUGCAAUUAAAGUGAUGAGAGCUCUGCUGCUGGCUCCGUGCUGGCAGAGAGGCAGGAAAAGCGGAUCUGGGGAGCUGGGCUGGUGUGGGGUCACGGAAAGCCGCUUCUUUUAAUGACAUGUUUUAAGCUGUUUUAAGAAGGCAGCAAAAUUAGAAAGCAAAAGAUCUCCAAAAGUGUUUCAGGGCACUCACAAAGGUUCAGGGGACACGGCACAGGGACAGGGCUUAGCAGUGAGGCUGUUGGGGGCAUUGAGGGAAUACUGGGAAGCUGCUCUGCCCUGCUGGAUUUGGGCAAAAGUCAGAAUUUACACCCUGGCACAGGGUGCCCCAUCCCUGGCAGUGCCCAAGGCCAGGCUGGAUGGAGCUUGGAGGAGUCUGGGAUAGUCCCAGCCCAUGGAAACAGGAUGAGCUGCCCCUUGCAGCCCAAAGCACUCUGGGGUUGUAUUAAUUUGUGAUUCUGUGAUUCCUGCAGUCCCAUCCCAGCCUCCAGCCCCUUUCCACAGGCAAACCCCUGCAGGAUUGGCAUCUCAGAAUCCAGCCUCGAGCAUGCUGGAGGCUUCAUUACCUCACACACUUGGGUGUUUUCUGAGCCAGCUGUUCAAAUGCUGUUAUUGCUACUGAAUCCUUUUAAAAUUAAGGAAUUUCUGAGCUGGAUUUUUUCUUCCCUGAGUGCUCCCCACUCUCCUGCAUUGCACAAAGCUAGCUGGAAGUCUGUCUUUCAGCCUGAGAUUAAAGCCAAGUACCAGCUCUGGGUGAAUGAAAUUACCCAUUCUAAUCCCCAUAUUUUCCACCAGCCUCUGAUACAGGUAAAUUAUAUUUCUUUUUCCCAUUUUCCCUGCUUGGUCCACAAUGAUGUCAUCAGUGCACCUGUAAAGGGAAUGGCUUGAGAUUGUUCUGACUGGUGCUGUCCCUAACACAUCUCUGACCAUUGCAAGGCCAGGCACUGCUGCAGGGUUUCAAAUCCAUCAUUCCUAUUCCAGAGGAUAAUUUCACAGCAGGACAAUUUGUCUGGCAACACACAAGUCAUGGAUGGAGCUGGAAUUGUGAAUCAAAAGGUAUUAAGUGGAAAUACAGUCAGUAAGAGCCUGAAAUAUUGGAAUUUUAAUGGAAAACUGUGUUGGCUGCCAUGUCCCUUGUGAUGCCAUUGGUGCACUGAAAUUAGACUUGUUUUCCCAAGUGCUCAGUCUUGCAGGAAAAUCACCUUGCUGCUGGAGGUCAGGGAUUCCAUGGCUGAAUUUGGCAUUUUGCAAGGAAAACAGGCUCUUAAUUUAUCACCUCAGACCCCAAAAUGUGGCAAAAAGGAGGCUUUGCAUCCUCCUCCAGCACAGCCGCAGCUCAUGUUUCUUAAUUUCCCAUCCUUUACUAUGCAACUGAUUUUCAUGGAAUCUUCCCAGGGUGGAGAUGGCUGGAUAUAGUUUUGGCUUUGCUUUCCUUCCUUCACAUGUGCAAGUGGUAAUGCAGAAAUGUUUCCAUGACUGUCUCACCUGGGACAUGCACUGGGUCUAUGAACAGUGACAUAUUGGGAAAUUCUGUGUAAAUCUGAACUUGUCUUUAAAUCUUGACUAAUCAGUGCCACAGGAGCGAUGCAAUUUUGAACUGGAGAUGUUAAUGCAGUCUUGUUACUCUGAGUUCAUUUUGAAUUCUGGUUUUGUCAGUGAGCUGUGUUACAACUGUUUAAAACUUGUUUUUUUUUAAUACCAGUCUGAUGCUAAAACCAGCUGCUGCAUCCCCUCGUCCUGGUGACUCCACCAUGGUGUGGGCCUUGUGUUCAGUUCCCAGUUAAAAAAAGUGAUUUUUUUUUCAGUUGUGUGAUUUUUUUACCUGAUGCUGAAUUUAUAUUUGAAUUUUUUUUUUCUCAUUAGAACUUGAAACUGUUCUUUCAUACUCAAAGUUCAAUAAAACAGCUGAACCGCA